AUGACCACACCAGAGAUACCCCUCGGAGCCCGUGUCGCCGUCAAGGCUGGCGUAGGCUAUGUGCGUUGGACAGGUGUAAAUCCCUCGUUUUCGGAAGGCAAAUGGGUCGGCGUCGAGCUCGAAACACCAACCGGAAAGAACAAUGGUUCAGUCCAGAACGAGCAGUACUUUGACUGCAAGCAAGGCUAUGGAGUGUUUGUACGCCCAAGCCAGGUCACUGUCAUCGACAUGGCCCCCGCGCCACCAGCACCGCGAGCCCCUCGACCAUCGCUAGCUCCAAGGACCCCAGGAAGCGCAGCUGCCUCGCGUCUCUCGUCAGCCGGUGCGUCACGCGCAUCGACUCCCGGUUCGCGCAACACCACGUCCACUCCAGCUUCACGUGCAGCGUCCGGAGCGGCUCGGCGCCCGCCCAUCGAGACGCCCAGCCGGUCUGUUUCUGCUGCUUCUCGAACAUCAGCAGAGAAGACCACGCCUCCUCGUGCAGGAUCUGCUGCGAGCCAGGGCACCGUCAAGCGAGUGGCAGCUUCAUCGACUGCUGCGCGCACGGGCCGUCCGUCGGUGGCACCUGGCACCCGACCACCGCCGGUGUCCGCCUCAGCCGUCACGCCAAAGGCCCGUAGACAGUCGACCGUGUCGUCGAUUGCGAGCCCCACCCCAUCAGCAGCGGCCUUGCCACACUCGGCCAGGCCACCAUCUACUAUCUCCCUCGCUUCAGCUGCUAGCGUCGAAACAGCCGCGCAGAGGCGUCAGUCGACAUCCUCGUCCCGCCUCGCCUCACCGCUUCACCAACCCGCUGCCGAGUUGCGAGACCCAGAUGCUCUGGCCAUGCCACCUCCCCCAUUGCCUGUUCCUCAGUCGCCGGUGCGGGGAGGACUGGGUCUGGUGCCCGCUUCGCCAGCGCGCAGCACAGCGUCCUCAGUCCCUUGGUCACCAGCCAGGUCAGCAUCUGGCACAGGCGUUCCUGCCUCACCAUCGCGCAGUGCCAUCCCUUCAUCUCCCACGCGUCGUACCUCGACAUCUCUCCCAGUCCCACAGUCGCCAGUGCGCACGAGUUCGCCCGGCCACAUUCCCGUACCUUCGUCUCCUUCACAUCGCGCCGUCUCGCCCAUCUCUGAGCGCGGCACCCUUUCCGUGUCCGACCCCAACAAGCCGGUCACAUUCACUGGUGGCGCACCCCUGUCACCUAGAGUUUCUCCCCGACAGCCACUCGCACUCUCGGUUCGUUCGACAAGUCCAGACCGCGAGACAGCGGCAGCUGUGUUUGCUCAGAAACGUGAGCUCGACGAGUUGCGCAUCAAAGUGCGCCUCCUCGACACGCGCCACAACGAGGACCUGGACAAGAUCAAGGUGCUCGAGAAGAAGGCGACCGACGCAGACCAGCUGCACGCAGUCCGUGCCAAGCUUCAGACCAAGUUUCAGGAGCAGCAGGCUGUCCUCGUCAACUCCCAGCGUCUCGCGCGUGACCUCCAGUCGGAGAAUGCCCACCUCGAAACGCGUGCACACGAAGCCAUGGAGCAGCUCGAGAUGGCCACUCUGGACCGCGAGGUUGCAGAGGAGAAGGCCGAGGCUGCCGAGUCUGAUCUGUCACGGAUGAGCGAGAAGGUCGCCGAGCUGGAGAUGGAGGUCGCUGUGCUCAAGGAGGAAAAUGCGGAAUACGAGAAACCCAUCUCAGGCGUCGAGGGUACCGAGCGUUCAUCUCUCGCAUUCGUGCAACUUGAAAAGCACAAUGAACGCUUGAAAGAAGCACUCAUUCGCCUCCGCGAUGUCACUUCAGAGUCGGAGAAGGAGCACCGCACCAAAAUCACCGACUUGGAGAAGGAGCUCGCCUCGCAGGAGGACCUGCAGAGCCGUCUCAACCUGACUGAAGCCAGGCUGUCCAGCAGCGAGGAGCAGGUUCAGGACCUGAAGCAGCAACUUGAUGACGCACUUGGUGCCGAGGACCUUCUCGAGGAGCUCACCGAGCGCAACCUCCAGAUGAGCGAGCGUCUCGAGGAGAUGCACGCCACGAUCGAGGACCUUGAGGCCCUCAAGGAGCUCAACGACGAACUCGAGGAGAACCACGUCGCCACUGCCAAGCAGCUUGAGGAGGAGAUUUCUGUUAUCACCAGCAAGCUGCGUGACGAGACGGGCCGUUCUGGUGACCUCGAAGCAGUCGUUGUCGACAUGGAGGCUACUAUUGGUCAGUUCCGCGAGCUUGUGGCCAACCUCCAGAGCGAGAUCGACACCCUUCGUGUCCUCCAGGCCACGCAGGAGUAUGAGUCUGCGACUGCCAGCAAGGAAUCGCAGACUCUGAUGAACCUCAACCUCAAGCUGCAGUCGUCGGCUGCCAAGACCCAGAGCAAGACAAUUGACCUGGAGCUCAAGAAGCUCGAGGCCGCUCAGCUUACCGAGCAUCUGCGUAUUGUCCAGGCCUACCUUCCCGACCCCUACCUGGAGACCGAGGCCGACUCGACGACCGCUCUCCUUUUCUUCUACCGCGUGGCGUCCAAGGUCGACAUGCUCAUCAACGUCAUCUCUCACCUGCACGGUCUCCCUGCGGCGCUCCACAGCGUUCAGUCCGAGGCUCUUGUCGGUGUGUGCGAGCUGCGCGGCAAGCUCCACCACUUUGCAACUCUCAACCGCCGCUUUGCUGCCGUCAUGCGCAGGGCGUCGCCCGAUGACUGGGUAUCGCUCGGCCGCGUCGUCGGCGAGCUUACCGGCGUCGAAACUCGCGUUGACGGCUGGGUUGGACUGGCAAAGGCGGACACGUUCAACGAAGGCGACUGUGCUCGCGAGCUCGUCGCUUUAAUCGCUCAGUUCAACCACCUCGCCGAGGUCAUGUUCAACCACCCGGGUCUGGACGCUGCCGAGCAGCAGCUUGACCUCGCAUACAACUUUGACGACGACCUGGACAACUUUGCUGCUGCUGUCGGCUUUGUCCGCCAGGCCGUCGUUACCCUCAUCAACGACGGCGACAUUGAUGUUGAGGUUGGAGAGUCGACUCUCGAGGAGGCCGUCUACGAGCCCGUUCAGCGUAUCCUCAACCAAGUCCGUGCUGUCAAGGCCCCCGCAGGCAAGCUCGUGUCCGUGGUCGAGGAGGCCGUCGCUGCCGAGGCUGCCCUUCUGCCCGAGUUUACGGCUGCUCUCGGUGACCUUGUCAACUCGGUCUCGCACGCUGUCGACCUUGCAGUGCAGGUCGCCCAGCGUAUUGGCGAGCACAUUGCGUCUGUCCGCGCGUCCAAGGAACCGUUGCGUCUCGAUGACAUUGUCAAAUUCCUUGCCGAGGUUACCAACCAGGCCAACGCCGACCAGCCGCCAUGGGACGUCAUUGGUGCCUUUAUCACACGAAUUGGCACUGACCUGGCCGACACGUUGCCCAAGUUCCGCGGUGCCGCCAAGGCCAGCCAGACUGUGUCACUUGCUGCUUCCCCGCCCUGGCUUGCUCGCGUCGCUUCCAUCAAGCAGGCCGCCACGCACAGUGCCGAGGCAGAGCACAAAGUGUCGCGUCUGUCCGAAGAGCUCAAGGAGAUGCUGCGCGAGAUCAAGAUCCGUGACCAGAGCUUGCAAGAGUCUGGUGUUAAGAUCGAGACACUCGAGCACCGCCUCGAGGCAUCGCGCAGGCAGGCGGACAUGAUCCUGGAGCUGGAAAACGAUAUUGCCAAGUCCAAAAAGCAAGAAAAGGUCUACGAGGAAGCCAUGGAGCAGCUCCAGGCCGAAUACGACACGCUCGAGGCAGAAAACGCACGUCUCCGCAAGAACCGUGGAUCGAACACCGAUUCGCCUUCUGCAUCGGCCUACGGCGAAAUGCCUCUCCAGUCCCCGUCAGCGGUUGAAGCGACCCACCUGGUCGAGCAGAUUGAGGCUCUCCGUGGCGCCGUCCGGUUCCUGCGCUCCGAGAAUGCUCUCCUCAAGUCGCGCGACAUGUACGACGACAUCAACAUGCUCGCUCCGCUCCGCACCAUCAGUGUGGCUCCUCUCCCGCCUCUCCCUGCCCUGCCGGCUCUCCCACCCCUGCCCGAUCUGGUGGGUGGCAAGAAAUCCAGCCAGUCCUCUGGCAAGGCAGACGACGACAGCGACGCAGAGUCCGAGGGCCCCGUCACGCCGCGUACGUCUUCCAUCCGCCCCGAUGCCAGACAGGCACUCGACACCGAGUCCAAGCUCCUUCUCCGCGAGCUGGCAAGGUACAGCGCUGCGCCGCGCAUUGUGGAUAUUUCGGGUCUUGGAGCUGGAGGUCCCGCGUGGCGGAGCAGGAAGAACUCGCCCGAAGCACAGGUGUUCCGUUGGGCCAACGAGAGGCGUGCCCUUGAGCAACGCGUCGAGGACCUGGGUGCGCGCGUGAGAGCCUUGAGGCGAUGA